CCCCCUCCUCCCCCGUACGCCGCUCAAACAUCCCCUGCUAUCCCUUCGCCAAACCCGCUUUCAAUCCUACUCUGCCCUCCCACCCCGCUGGCUCACGUCCCUCCGCCCGCGCCUCGGGAAAUGCAUAACCUUCGGCCUGUCCCCCGCACAAACCCACGAAGCGGGGUCUAUACUGCAAGAAGUGAGUAGCGAUUGGCGCGAGCUGUUGGCUGGGAGUGAAGGGUUCUUGACGAGUAAGGAGUAUCGGGGGUUGUACAGGCAGGAAGUGGUUUGGGGAGAGAUGGUAAGCAUGACAUGUCAAUAACGUCAUGUACAACCGGUACGCCGAGUCUGCGCGGGUCAACUGGACACGCAACUUUGCGGCGAGUGAUAGGAAGCAUGAGAAGCAAUGGAUGGAGCUCAUUACGCCAAAGAGUGUGGGGUUGAUUUUGAGAAGUAUAACGACAGAUUAUAAGUUUCCCAUGAAAUGGCCAGACAGAAUCACGGUCCUCCACAAGCUCCGGACGAAGCCCGCUACCGACGCUGAUCACUUCAUUCUCGACGUUCUGAUCCUGUCUGAAGUCCAUCGUCGGCCAGCAGCGCGGUGUGUCGAAGACAUUGUCGUCUACGAUUAUACCAAGGCGAAGAAGUCUGCUCUACCACCGUUUAUGGUUGAUAAAUUCAGAGAGACGUUUGCCUUGCAGGAGCAGGCAAAGGAAAAGAAUGGAAAGAGGGUGCAGGACUUGCUAGACAGAGUGAGGAGGUUGGAACAGGAAAGCUGGGAUAGAGAAGGUGCAGUAGAGGACAUGGGGAGUGCGACCUAGAACCGAUAUCCGGGCAACUGACGAGAUGGAGCACGAUACGACACCGAGAGAAGGGAAACCUUUGUGUAUCGGUCCUCGUUAAUGCUUCAUGCCUCGGUUCGAACCAUUUCGAAA